UAAUCAAUGGAGAAGGACAUACGAUCGUCCAAACAGUACGGGUCCUUGGAAUGCACGACACGGAAUGCAGAUUCUGCAAAAGGUCACAGUCAGGUCUGACAAUAGAGAGGUGAAGUCAGUAGGUGGAUAAAAACAUCACGAACACAGACUAAAAAGAGAUCGUUUUGAUACCAUUACACCACACUGCUGCCAUAUCUCCUCUCCAUAUUGGUAUUUUUGGUGCAUUUUUGUGAUUUCUGAAUCACCAGUUAUCAAUAUAGAUUCUGCUUCAUGACUGAGAUCAACCAGAAAAGGGGAGCAACAACAGUUUUUUGCCUUGCUUACCAACUAUUCCAGCACAAGCUGCUUCUGAAGAGACUCCCCAAGGACGAUUUAGCUUCUCCCGUGGGCUUCAGUGUACAAUUCAGUGCCAAUAAACCACCCCAUCUCACGAGGCAAGGCAGAAACAACACCAGAGAAGCAUACAGCGUGCUCAUUAAAGGACAUUAAAACAGAUGAAGACGUUGUUUCAAUGGCAGAUUCAACAAUAACAAUCAAUGACAUAGAAGAGGAACUUUUCAAAAUUGAGAGAAUACGGGACGUCCUGGUCAGGAGAGAGUCUGAGCUCCGAUACAUGAUGGACGAUAUUCAGCUUUGCAAAGAAAUAACACGGCUGAAGAAGGAACUGCAGAAGUUAGUUUCAAUACCAGAUAGAGACAAAUCCAAAGAGGACAAGCUGAAGGAAGAGGAGCUUCUGCAGCAGAUCCACAAGCUGGUGGAGACCAGAGACUUCCUGGUGGACGAUGUGGAGUUUGAAAGGCUGAGGGAAAGAGAAGAAGACAAAGAAAUGGCGGACUUCUUGCAGUCUAAACUGCCUACAAGUUGCAUAAAGAAAUCAAAUCCAAUAAAAGAUAGGAAGUUGACUUCGAGAGCGCAGCAAACCGCAACACCGUUCACCACCAAGACUGGGCUGACCCUGCUGAAAGAAUGCUGUGGCUUCACCUGCUCCAUCAUGUAGAAAACUUCCUCUCAGGGGCCAGUGGAAAGGAUUCUUUCGAUGGAUGGACUAGCACAAAGACUUAGCGUAUAGAAGUGAAGAGUCAUUCUGGGGCGUACUGAACCAGCUGAGAGGACUAGUGAUGCAUCAGGGUUAGAGAGUGUAUGUGCUGUCCAGCUCUGUGUGUGUCUUGUUUUCAUUCUUAAAGAGUUGCUUGGUCUCCAGUUGGCUAGUAUUGGUGCUUCAUCUUCGAUAGAGCAGGGUGGGUCAUCCAGUCUCUGUGCUACCCUUCUAAAAGUUUACCACAGUAAAUUUGCACAGGAACUUUACAGUUUUAUUGUGCUUUUUCAUGGCUAUGCUAUACAGUACAUCUACUGUAAUCUACCAUGGUUUGCCAUGGUGUUUUAAAUUUGCAUUUAACAUACUUUACCUUUGUUUUGUAUAUGCCAUACCUCUGAGUGCUUUACAAUGCUAAUCAAUGCUUUACCAUACCAUGGAGUUUCCAGACCUUAAAAACGUAACAAAGUAUAACGAAGCACAGUGAAAGCAUGGUGGAGUAUAGGCAAGCAUUGUAAAGCACAGAGAGGUAUAGUAAAGCAUAUUAAAAAACGAGGCAAAACCAGAGGAAACAAUGAGAAAUAAAUAGUAUAACCACAGGAGAAGCACAAAAUUACAGUGCAAAUCCACUGUGCUAAAAUUUAAAGGGGUUCAUUUGACAGUUUCCCCUUUCAACUGGCUCAUUUAAGCUAGAACCACUUCAACUGUGUGCUUAUGUCCCACGGUGCCCCCUGCUGUUAAAAUGUCCAGAUUGAAGACAUGUGAAAACACGUGAACUCCCCAACACUCACUAUCAGAACGCAGCCCUCAUACUCAUCCUUCUGAAAUGCUUCAUAAUGUAAGAGCAUGUCCUUGAGUUCUGCCGAGGUUGCGGGCACGAAUUACACAUUGCAUCAGCAGCAACAGCUGUGUUGUUUACGUGAAAUGCAAAAUCUGUCGCUCAUGCUGCUGGUUUCAGUUAGCUUUCCUCCUGUUGCCCGCUACCCCUUGUAGUUGAGAUGUAAAGCUUUGGUGCUAACCUGGUUAAACAAACACACGUAAACCUGAAAAGCAGCAAUGCCGUCUUGCAGCUAAACAAGGAGCGCUGUCCGUCUGAACAGCUCAGAACUCUGACGGUUGCUAGGCUUCGAGUGAACAGUUUGGUUUCCAUAACAACAAGAAGCCAGCAGUGCACAUCUGAGGAUUGUAAGGAGCUUCAGUUUGCUCUCCCGGCACCCAAGUCCAAGCUUGUAACUUGACGAUUUGGGAGGUCAUGGAGUAUUUCUUAUUGGAGCUACUGUAGUGUGCUUCUGUUUAAAACUUCUGAACACCCUUUUAAACAUAGGUGGUCCAUAAUGUUUUAUUAUAGUAGGAAUAAACAGCACAUCUUAGGCAUGUAUGUAUAUUUGUGCACAUAAUACUGAGUGUAUGUAUGUAAAAAACGUGAUCCAAACCUGACCAGCUGCUCCUGUGUAUCAUGUCAUGUUGUGCAAAACUCUUAUAGAAAACAUGUUAACCCCUCCUUCUCUCUCGCUCUCUCACUCCAUUAUUUACAGUACUUAAGAGGCUGUAUUUUUAUUAUUUGCAGAGGAUAAAAAGAUUUUCCGAACAAUAGAUAAUUGCAGUUUGACAGCUCGGUGUGUGUGUGUGUGUGUGUGUG